AUGGGGUUCUCUUCGCUGCUGCUGGCGCUUUUUGCAUCCAUUCUUUUUGUUCACGGUGGCACCAUCUCCGCGAAUGCAGCUACCAACCAAGCGAUUGAGGGUUUUGGAAGCGAUAAUCAAGAAGAGAGGGCACUCAAUUUAGAGUCGUUAAAGAAGUUGAUCCCGGGGUCAAGUGCACUCCAAAAGGCAAAAACUCUGAGAGUUGUGAAAAAGGCCGAAGAGCUCGCUAAGAAGAAAGCUGCCGUGGACAAAUGGCUCCAAAAGUUUCAGAUGGUGAUUAUCUAUUCAACUUCGCGUUCCCGGCGUGGAAGGAAAAAAAGAUGUCACCCACAGAUGUGCACCGAAUGUUUGAGAAAAAAGGCAAGGUUGGAGAAGAGGUCAACACGAUCGCCGCUCGUUUCAACAAUUAUCGCAUGGUUUAAAUGCGUACAUCGUGGUAGAGAUACGAGUAGUCGUACCGACGCUAAUACUGCUAGUUCUCAAGAUUCUAAUCGGAGUAGUUUGAGCGAUUGGACUGUUGGUGGGAAUGACUACAGAUUGUUUCUUCUUACUACCCUUCUUCCACUUCAAACCAGCAUUGAAAGAACAUUUUUACGCUGCUCUAACUGA